CUGAAAUAACCCGCUUUUUGAUAUUAGAAAAAAUGAUUAUAAUCCCCUUAUGCUUUUUUUAUCUUUCUACAAACCCAGACCUUAUUUCCCCAAAACUCUCUUUUGCUGUUUCGCUCUUCAUCAUCUUUUCAUUCUUUUUAUCUACCAGUCGGCAGGCCCGUGCCUAUCUCCUUCCCCUCCACACCCUCUUUCUCUGCCUGCUCCUAUUUUUCAUUUUCAUUUGUUUUUAAUUUUAUACCUUUUACUGCCUGUACUAUUUGCUACAAACUUAGCUAUAUUUUUUCUCUAUAUAAUUUUGAAUUCGCUCAUUCGACAAGGCACAACAGACACACACAAAACCGCAGCCGAACCGCAGCCAAACCACAGCCAUGUCUCGGAGCCCACCAGCAUCGUCAGAAUCAAGCUCAUCGGCAGUAUCAGUAUCAGGAAGCAGCCCCAGUCGCCGCCGCGCCUCGCCGCCACUGCACUCGACUCUGCUGCGAGAGGACUUUGACGAGGUCCUCGAGUCAGAGGUGUUUGUCGACGUUAAUAAGCUGCGCAAGUUUGCCCGCCAUGGAAUUCCAGACGAAAUUCGCGGAGAGGUUUGGAAGUACCUGCUUGGGGUCGAGAAAUCAGACAGAUCAAACGAGUUCACACAACGCCGCGCCCGCUACGAGUCGUACCAGGAUAUUGACAAGGAGAAUGUCGAAGUGAGCAAACGGGUGCGCGGCGAGGUCAAUCGGUACCUGAUGCGCACAAAAAAGGAGGUCCUGCUGGACCCGCACACCGCGCCGGAUAUCUUUGAGGCCGUCAUUUGUGCGUACAUCAACUGCCACAACCAUGUUGAGUACUCGCCAGCACUCAUUUCAGUUUGCACGCCGUUUGUCAUUACAAUGCGGAAUGAGUGCGACGUCUACAGCUGCUUCGAGCGUCUGGCCAAUGUGCUAUCCGAGUCGUCGCAAGACAACAACAUCAACAAGCGCGUGGCCCAGUUCCUAUCGUACUUCCGAAUGCUGAUGCCCGAGCUAUACAACUACUUUGAGGAGGAGGAGCUGGACGUCAGCGAGUGGGCGUCUUCUUGGCUGCGCUACCUCUUGUCCAAAGAACUGCCGACGCCCAGUGUGCUGAGUCUGUGGGACGUCUACUUUGCCAUGCCGGACUACAUCGAGUUCCACCCGUUUGUCUGCCUGGCCAUACUCAGACACCUAAAGGACUUGCUGGAGGACCUGGAGCAGUCAGAGAUCAGAUCGAUGCUGCUGCGACUGCCGAAAAUGAAUAUCAGCCGGAUAGUUAGCCAGGCGUACAACAUCCGGAGCGAGAUACAGGUCAGAUACAGCGCAACAAUGAGUCCUCGUUCUUGAAGUUGCAAAAAAUAAAAUUAAUCAUGACGCGCUUUAUCUAAUAAUUUACAUGGACCAACUUUUAUUACAUUUUGUUAUUGGCACUUGAGGACGCAACUACAACUACAGCAAUAGAGCCAUCUGCCAGCAUCGCGACUGAGCGUAAUUCCAUUUUUUAUUUGCAAUUCACAAAUAUUAUAAAUUAAUAAAUACACAUGCA